AUGUCUAAACUAUCACCUUCGCUAAAUACGAGACUUGCUAACAUAGAAAUCACCCAGACCCAGCCCACUCCUUCCAAGUCUCCGAGAUCGCCCAAGAAAUCAUAUCCAGCCAGUCUUUAUCCUAGAAACCAUAAUGGAGCCAAUGCAACGACUCCUAGUAAAGCUCCAGUGCUUUCAACGGCUAGAAGAGCUCAGUCAAGGUCGCUAUCGAGCUCCAAACAUCUUCAUGAAAGCACCAAUGUGUCACCGGAACGUAAAUCAUUAAAGACAGCAACAUCUUCGUCAACUACAAAUGAUCUUACCGAAGCUAGAUCGUCCAGAAAACCAUCUGGUCAAAAUGUCCAGUUUCUGUUUAUGAGAGAAACCACAUCGUCAAAGAAGAAGCAGCUGGCAACAACCAAACUGCCGGUACCUUCCCAAUCUACCCAUCUGCAUCAGUACCCAACGCCUCAGGACAGAGCAGUAUCACACCCUGAAUUCUACAACAAAAGGCCAUGUACACAUUCAUCAUCAACCACUCAGAAUCCAUCACCUGUUAAGAAGACAAAUCCGUCACCUGAUAAGAUCAAUACCGACACGAAGAGCACGAAACAUUCAUUAAAUCCGAAGCUGUCGUUCACACGUAAGAUGUGUCAUUCGGUAUCAACUGAUAACGUUUAUCUGCGCCUUUACAAUGAUGCUCUGAAAUCUGCUGAAGGACAGCCUUCAAGAGGCUUCCCUCGGCUGACUGGUUUCAGGCUGCUUUCGUCUGCUCUACGCCAGGAAUCUUCUACGGUACCUCAGGCACCAUCGAAGCCUAAGGUAUCGUCGUUGAAUGAAAUGUAUUCUAUCCUUUAUUCAGCUGAUAAGGAGCUCUUUCUGGACCCACAUACUCUUGAUCCAGACAUGGAGCCAAAAACGCCUAUCCUUCCUCACGAGCUACAUCUAUAUCCUGAGGGCCAGUCAGCGAGUGUCUAUGAAAGAGGAGAGAUUAUGAGAAAGCAAGAAGUGUAUUUUCUAGCAAAUGCCAACGCAAAAAAUAUCAAUGUCAAUACGUUCAAUUCCGUUGACUACAAAAACAAUUUUGGUUUUGAUGACAAGAAUGGCAACUACCUUAUUUCGCUAGGGGACCACAUCGAAUAUCGAUAUGAGAUAAAGCAAGUUCUUGGUACUGGCUCUUUCGGUAACGUCGUUCUUUGCCUUGACCAUAAGUAUUCUUAUCCAGACAAGCAGCGUAAAGUUGCCAUUAAAAUUAUCCGAAACGACUUGAAUUGGUCUUUGCAAGCGGUAAGUGAAAUAAAGAUGCUUAAGCAACUCAGCCAAGCAUCAAAAGAUCAUAUGAACGACCACAUCAUGAACUAUUAUGACCACUUUCAUUUCCGUGGUCACAUGUGCAUUGCAACGGAAGUUUUGUCUUUGAAUCUUUUUACCUUCCUUGAACUUCUUUCCUUCCGUGGUGUGAACUUAGAACUAUUGAAGUAUUUUGCUUCUGACAUCCUCAAAGGUUUAGGCUUUGUUCAUGACCAAAGGGUGAUACAUUGUGAUAUCAAGCCAGAAAACAUCAUGAUUGAGCUACCUCAUGACUAUGAUCCUCCUGAAUCCAUGAACCCCUCUAAAUUCACCGUGAAGUUAAUUGACUUUGGGUCCUCAUGUUUUGAAAGUGAUACGUCCUUCUCCUACAUCCAAUCCAGAUUUUACAGGGCACCGGAAGUCAUAUUGGGAUCCAAAUACAGCAGUAAGAUUGAUAUCUGGUCACUCGGCUGUGUGUUAGCAGAGUUAUUCACUGGUGCUCCAAUACUCCCCGGAAAGAGCGAAGUUGAGCAAAUAGCACUCAUACUUGAAUUGUUUGGAGCGCCAUCGGCUGCCUACAUAACCAAUGAGCGGAAGAAGUUGUUGAGAAUGGCCAAAAUGAGCCCUGCAAAAAUCCGUGAUCCUAUCUCAGCCGAGGCUCCAGUUUACGGUAGCGAUGUUGGUGCACCUAUCGAUGAGAAGAAAAUCAAAAGGACCCUACUCUACUCUCUCUUCAACGUGGACGGUAAAAUUAACAUUCAGUAUCUCAACCAGCUGCUUCUAGCCAAUAAUGGUAGUGGACUGAAGAAAUCUGUUAAGCUUAAUGCCAGGUCCUUGGACGUCUGUCUUCGUCUCCAUAACUCUGGAGAAGCCGCCGCGUCGUCAUUCUCACGAUUCAUGGGUAGUAUUUUCUGCUGGAAUCCGCUGGACAGACCUUCUGCAGCAGCGCUACUUGAUGACCCAUUCAUGAAAUAG